ACAUGUAACUCGUUGGCAAACCGUAGAUCUCAACCAAACGUUCGAAAUCUUUUGGAUAUUAUAUAUGUGGCUAUUGGCAGUGCUAAACUCAGCAGUAUCAGUCUAAUUCCAAUAUUGAGUUUAUUUGUUCAAUCACUUUUUCUUUGUGAUGAUAACCACCAAAAUGCCAACCAUGAAUCCAGAUAGUUUCAAAUUCAUAGAAGCCUUAAUAAUAUUAAUGGUGGGUUUGAUGAUGAUGAUGAUGUUGCAGGUUGUUUGUGCUGAAGAGGAAAUAAUGUGCAUUGAGAGGGAGAGGGAAGCACUCCUCCAAUUCAAAGCUGCCCUUGUGGAUGACUAUGGCAUGCUAUCAUCUUGGACCACUGCUGAUUGCUGCCAGUGGGAAGGGAUUCGCUGCACCAACCUCACCGGCCAUGUUCUAAUGCUCGACCUUCACGGUCAGCUUAAUUAUUAUUCAUAUGGAAUUGCCUCGCGACGUUAUAUCAGAGGAGAGAUCCACAAGUCGUUGAUGGAGUUGCAACAAUUAAACUAUUUAAACCUCGGUUCGAAUUAUUUUCAAGGCAGAGGAAUCCCAGAGUUUCUUGGUUCUCUUAGCAACCUGAGACACCUUGAUCUGUCAAAUUCUGAUUUUGGCGGAAAAAUUCCAACUCAGUUAGGCUCUCUUUCUCAUUUGAAAUACUUAAAUCUUGCUGGGAAUUAUUAUCUGGAGGGUUCAAUCCCACGUCAACUUGGAAAUCUCUCCCAGUUGCAGCAUCUUGAUCUCAAUUGGAAUACUUUCGAAGGAAAUAUACCCUCUCAAAUUGGAAAUCUCUCCCAGUUGCAGCAUCUUGAUCUCAGCGGCAAUAAUUUUGAAGGAAAUAUACCCUCUCAAAUUGGAAAUCUCUCCCAGUUGCAGCAUCUUGAUCUCAGUUUGAAUUCUUUAGAAGGAAGUAUACCCUCUCAAAUUGGAAAUCUCUCCCAGUUGCAGCAUCUUGAUCUCAGCGGCAAUUAUUUUGAAGGAAGUAUACCGUCCCAACUUGGGAACCUUUCAAAUUUGCAGAAGCUUUAUCUUGAAGGUCCUACUCUCAAAAUUGACGAUGGAGAUCAUUGGCUGUCUAAUCUCAUUUCCUUAACCCAUCUUUCCUUGCUCUCCAUAUCUAAUCUCAACAAUUCUCAUAGCUUCCUCCAAAUGAUUGCCAAGCUACCAAAACUUAGAGAACUGAGUUUAAUUGAUUGUAGCCUUUCCGAUCAUUUUAUCCUUUCAUUGAGGCCCUCUAAAUUCAAUUUUUCUAGUUCCCUUUCCGUCCUUCAUCUUUCCUUCAACAGCUUCACGUCAUCAAUGAUACUCCAGUGGCUGUCUGGGUGUGCCAGAUUCUCGCUCCAAGAAUUGAACUUAAGAGGAAAUCAAAUCAACGGUACGCUUCCUGACCUUUCAAUAUUUUCUGCCUUGAAAGGAUUGGAUCUUUCAAAAAAUCAAUUAAAUGGCAAAAUUCUAGAGAGUACCAAAUUGCCACCUCUGUUGGAGUCUUUGUCAAUCACUUCAAACAUUUUAGAAGGUGGAAUUCCAAAAUCAUUUGGGAAUGCAUGUGCUUUGCGCUCAUUGGACAUGUCUUAUAAUAGCUUGAGUGAAGAGUUUCCAAUGAUAAUCCAUCACUUGUCUGGAUGUGCUAGAUAUUCAUUGGAACAAUUAGAUCUAAGCAUGAAUCAAAUCAACGGCACACUACCCGACCUCUCAAUAUUUUCAUCUUUAAGAGAAUUAUAUCUUGAUGGAAACAAGCUAAAUGGAGAGAUUCCUAAAGAUAUUAAAUUUCCACCUCAACUUGAGGAACUGGAUUUGCGAUCAAAUUCCUUAAAGGGUGUGCUCACUGACUAUCAUUUCGCUAAUAUGUCUAAUUUAUACUCCUUGGAGUUAUCUGACAACUCUUUAUUGGCCUUGACAUUUAGUCCAAAUUGGGUUCCACCGUUUCAGUUGAGCCACAUAGGAUUGCGAUCUUGCAAGCUAGGUCCAGUAUUUCCCAAAUGGGUGGAGACACAAAAUCAAUUUAGGGAUAUUGACAUUUCAAAUUCUGGAAUAGAAGAUAUGGUUCCGAAGUGGUUUUGGGCUAAAUUAACAUUUCGAGAAUCCAUUUCAAUGAAUAUUUCACACAAUAAUCUCCAUGGUAUAAUUCCAAAUUUUCCACUAAAGAAUCUUUACCAUUCCCUAAUUCUUGGAUCAAAUCAAUUUGAUGGCCCUAUUCCACCAUUUCUUCGAGGUUUCCUGUUUCUUGAUUUAUCCAAAAAUAAAUUCUCAGAUUCUCUUUCAUUUUUAUGUGCAAAUGAUACAGUUGAAACUUUGUACCAAUUAGACCUUUCAAAUAAUCGUUUCUCUGGAAAAAUUCCGGACUGUUGGAGCCAUUUCAAGUCAUUAUCUUAUUUGGACUUGAGUCACAAUAAUUUUUCAGGAAGAAUACCUACAUCCAUGGGAUCUCUUCUUCAUCUUCAAGCAUUGCUAUUGAGAAACAACAACUUAACAGAUGAGAUACCUUUCUCCUUGAGGAGUUGCACAAAUCUAGUAAUGCUAGAUAUUGCAGAAAACAAAUUAUCAGGGCUCAUCCCUGCUUGGAUUGGGAGUGAAUUACAAGAGUUGCAAUUUUUAAGUUUGGAAAGAAAUAAUUUCCAUGGAAGUUUACCAUUGCAAAUUUGCUACCUAAGUAACAUUCAACUCUUGGAUCUCUCAAUAAAUAACAUGUCUGGGAAAAUUCCUAAAUGCAUAAAAAAAUUUACUUCAAUGACUCGAAAAACAUCUUCAGGAGAUUAUUAUCAACUUCAUUCAUAUCAGGUCAAUAUGACUGACAAAAUGGUUAACCUAACAUAUGAUUUGAAUGCACUCUUGAUGUGGAAAGGUUCAGAACGAAUAUUCAAAACUAAAGUGUUACUACUUGUAAAAAGCAUUGAUCUCUCAAGCAAUCACUUUUCUGGAGAAAUUCCACAGGAAAUAGAGAAUUUAUUUGGAUUGGUUUCAUUGAAUUUAUCAAGAAACAAUUUGAUAGGGAAAAUUCCCUCAAAAAUUGGAAAGCUAACAUCACUUGAAUCUCUUGAUUUGUCAAGAAACCAGUUGACUGGUUCAAUUCCUCUGAGUCUUACACAAAUUUAUGACCUCGGCGUGUUAGAUUUGUCACAUAACCAUCUAACUGGAAAAAUUCCAACCAGCACACAGUUACAGAGUUUCAAUGCCUCGAGUUAUGAAGAUAAUCUUGAUCUUUGUGGACAGCCACUUGAGAAAUUUUGUAUUGAUGGGAGACCUACACAAAAACCAAAUGUUGAAGUUCAAGAGGACGAAUUUUCACUUUUCAGUCGUGAAUUUUACAUGAGUAUGGCAUUUGGAUUUGUUAUAAGCUUUUGGGUGGUGUUUGGCUCAAUCUUAUUCAAGCUUUCUUGGAGACAUGCCUAUUUCAAGUUCUUGAACAAUCUAUCAGACAAUAUUUAUGUCAAGGUAGCAAUAUUUGCUAAUAAAAUAUCAAAGGUGCAUGGCUGAAGCUUAACUAGUACCUUGAAGACACUAGCCCUCUUGGAUCGGAAAACUCCAAUGUCUAAGCUUGUUAAUGCUUGGAAAAGGCAAUUAGUUGGAAGUUAUGAUUGCUUUAGAUUUUUUCACUGUCAAUUGAGAUACUUAUACCAUGUUUUGAUAAUUUGAAAAAGACUAGUUUAAUUAGUGUUGUGCUAUUGAAAUGAAAUAUAACUUAUCAUGUAUUAUAUCAAUAAUUUACGUA